CAUAGCUUCGUUUCUUUCUUUUCAUUGAAGUUCUUUCAAGAAACUUUCAAAGAAAAAAGAAUAACAGGAAGAAAUCAAGUUGUAUACAAGAAGCAUUUUAGGAAGUAAUGUAGCUUGAAUUAAGUCAAUUUAAUUAAAUACAAUGAGUUUAGAAAAUAGUGAACAUAAAGCCGUACCUGAUGAUGAUUCUGAUCAUUUCUCAAAAUCCGAUGAAAAGAAAAACGAAUCAUUAAAGAGCCUGGAAAACGUCGCGGAAAACGUUGUUGCGGAAGUAAAAAGCGAAAUCACAAAUAUUUCAGCAGAUACACAAAAAGAGGUAGACAAUUUGCUCGAUACAGCUAAAGAUUUGUCUGACUCCGACAAAAAUGUAAUCGAAGACAAAAGUUCAUCAAGUGUUCUAAACGAAGUUAGUAAAGCAGUUGAAGAUAUAGAGAUUGCAGGAAAAGUAUUAUCUGAGUCAUUUGUUGAAAAAGGAAACGAAGCGCUUGAUGUUUCUGCAACGUCAGUUAAAAAUACAAGUGAUAGUGUUUUGGAUGUUGUGCAGGAAAAGAUUGAUGUUACUGAAAACAAUUUAACUGAAGUUAUAGAUGAUGCAAAAAAGAAAGUUGAAGUAAUAGAAGAGAGUAAAAAUUUGUUAACCGAUGUGAAAGAGGAAAUAGAAAAAAAAGUCCAAGAUGUUACAAACAAUUCAAAAGAUAAAUCUUUAGAAGCAGUUCAAAAAUUAGAAAAAAAUGUUGUUGAUGUUACAAAUACAGCAAAAGAUAAAACAUUAGAAGUGGUUGAAAGUAAAAAAGAAAGUGUGUUAACUGCUACAAAGCAUACAAAGGAAACAGUACAAGCAUCACUAGAAAAUUGUCAAUCAAAAGUUGAAACCCUUAAAGAUGAUACUGCAAAAAAAUUAGCAAAUGCAACUGAAAAUUUAAAGUCUGUUGGUGAUCAUCACUCUACUGGAGAAUUUUUAGGCAAAGAUUGUAUCAACAAAGGAGGUUCAAUAUUGAACUCAGGAUUAAGUAAACAGAAACCAACUUCAUCAGCUAUCACUGUUAUAGAUGACAAAGCUUCUGCUCUCUAUGCUCAUAAUGAAAUCAGAAAAUUGCAUGGUGUGAAGUUAUUUAAAUGGGAUUCUGGAUUAGCAGAGUCAGCUAAAAAUUGGGCAUUAGAGUUGGCUGAGUCUGAUCUUGGUCUACAGCAUUCUUGUUUGCAAGGAUAUGGAGAAAAUAUAUACAUAUCCAAAGGUACUAGUUCGCCAGUUUCUACAUCACAAGCAGUCUUGCAGUGGUACAAAACAGCAUCCCAGUAUCGUUUUCAUUCACCGUCAUUCACAUUAACGAGUGGAACAUUUACACAGUUGGUUUGGGAUGAAUCCUUAAAUCUUGGCGUUGGAGUGGUGUUCCACGAAGAGAAAAAAACAACUUACAUUGUGGCUCAUUAUUCUCCCCCUGGAAACACUAUUGAUAGUCGUUUAUACACAAAGCACGUUAAACUACCUAGAAAUGGAGAAUUACCUAAAGCACCAAAACUUGAAGAGCUAAUUCCAAAAAAUGUUUCUACAAGAGAAGAUCAGCAAUCAAAAUCGAAAGUUAGUUCGCUUGCUGACGUGUUAUGUAAAUGGUGCACGCAAACAGAGGAGAAACCGAUAGAGAGUUGGUCAGGAACCCAGCAACCUAUAAAACAAGAUGAGUCGAAAAACUAAAAAAUCUU